UCUAUAAGUAAGUCAGCUCCUGCUUCCUGUUAAGACAGGUAUCUGCAGUGUACUGGCCAAAAGGCAGGUAUUAAGCGAAAGACCCUGCAUGGAAAUCUUGUUACUUGAGUUUUUAAAAAAAAUUAAAGCUUUUGGGUCUCUUAGCUUAGAAUGAGGGCAGAUAAGAAAAGACACAACAGAGGCAUAUAAAAUAAUGUUCAGCGUUGAUGGAAAAUGCGGCAGAGAUGCAUUUUUCUCCCUCCCUCCCCCUUUCAUUGGACUCAGUGCAAGGAGAUUCAGGACUCUUUCACGGAAGUAAAUGAUUACACAGCAACAGUUGAAAUAGGGAAGAUGUAGUGAGGAGGGCCACAGGUUUAGCGGGGUUUGAAAGAAGACAGUUCACGGAAGACAGGGCUUUCAGUGGCCACUAGUCUGGUAAAUUACUCCAGAAUCAAACACAGCCUAUCUUAAAUACCAGCUGUUGGAGACCAAACAUAGAGGGCUGUUGCUGAGGAGAGCAAGAUAAAUGAACAAAUAAAUCAAAGGAAGAAGGCUAUUGCUAUUAUGUCCUAAUUCUGAACUUGCUUUUUCCCCCCUUUUUUAUUAAUUAGUAAUUGUUCAAGAUAUAAUUAAGACACGUAAUGUAGAAUAUAAGACUGACAGAAUACAAGUCUGAAUGUAUGUGUCAGCUACUGGGGUACAGAAUGUUGUACUAGAUGGGUUUUUGUUCUACUCUGUCAACUAUUUCCUCAUGUAUUGUAAGAACUCCCAGGCUGUUAUACUGUGCUUUUGUUUCAAUAGAAACACACAUUUCACACAUACCAAGUAGGAAGCCUUUCUAGGUGAGACUGGGGCAUUUUGUUGUAAAGGCUAAAUCAGGUCGAAUAAUUAAUUAUUUGCAGGACUUCCCUAUCAAGCAUAUUUUGGGGAAUCAUUCCCGGAUGAUGCUAUUUUUUAUUCAUAGUACUCUCAUCUGUUGCUUAUGAAUUGUCCCAGUAUAAUUCUCCAGGAUUUAUCUUUCUAACCAUGCUUUCUUGUACAUCCCAUCCAUGCAAAUACUUGUGUGGAAGAAGAGAUGUGGAAGAAGAGAUGGAGAAGUAGCUGUCACCGCAGCAAGUCAGAGUCCUGGGCAUCUGAAAUGGAAUGAGAUCUGAUGAAGCAGAACACUGCAUCAGUGACAUCUUAGACUCACCCAUCCAGGACCCUCAGGCUGCCCUUAAUCCAGGUGUUCAGAAUAAGGUAGUCGACUUAUUUGAAAUGAUUGAAAAAAUGCAGAGAAGUCGUUUGGAUGAGCAAAGAUGUUCACUUCCAGCUCCACUAAAGAGAGAAGAGGAAUAUAUCCCAUACCCCAGCAUCUAUGAGGUAUUACAGCGGGGCUGGCCUUACCCCCUAAUCAUCUUACCCCAGUUUGGGGGUUACUGGAUUGAAGGGACCUCUCACAGCCUGCCUGCAUCAGGCUCCGAACUGCACGACUUGCCGUCUCCUUGCAGUGGCAAAGUGAGGUUGGAGUGUGACCCAACAGCAAAGCUGUACCGCAGAUACUUCCUAGGAAAGGAGCAUCAGAAUUUUUAUGCCAAUGACUCAGCUUUGGGCUACUUGGUUCUUUCUGUAAAGUACGAACAGGUUGAAGGGCAAGACAAUCUCCAUCUGUUGCUGAGGGCUCGAGCCUCUACCAAGCAUGAUCUCAUUCCCAUAUCCUGCCUGAACGAGUUUCCUAAUGCUGUCCAAAUGGCCAAGUUGCUCUGUGAAGAUGUGAAUGUUGACCGCUUCCUUCCUGUGCUGUAUCCUAAGGCUUCCCAACUCAUUGUGGCAUUUGAUGAACAUGUCAUCAGCAAUAACUUCAAGUUUGGAGUCAUCUACCAAAAACUUGGGCAGACCACAGAGGAAGAAGUCUUCAGCAAUACGGAAGAGAGUCUAGGCUUCUUAGAGUUUUUGGAUCUCUUAGGAGAUAGGAUCCGGCUGCAGGAUUUUCGUGGAUUCCGAGGUGGGUUGGAUGUUACCAGAGGUCAAACAGGAACGGAAUCCAUCUACACAAAUUUUCGGGGCAAAGAGAUCAUGUUCCAUGUCUCUACGAUGUUGCCUUUCACAGAGGGAGAUGCCCAGCAGCUCCAACGCAAGCGCCACAUUGGGAAUGAUAUUGUGGCCAUUGUCUUCCAAGAUGAAAAUACUCCUUUUGUGCCCGAUAUGAUUGCAUCAAAUUUUCUGCAUGCCUAUGUGGUGGUGCAACUCCAUCACAGUGCCACUGGGGAGACUCUGUACAAGGUUUCUGUGACUGCCCGUGAUGAUGUUCCCUUUUUUGGCCCCCCUCUUCCAAAUCCAGCAAUAUUCAAAAAGGGCGCAGACUUCCGUGAAUUUCUCCUGGCAAAGCUGAUCAAUGCAGAGUACAGCUGUUACCACGCCGAGAAAUUUGCCAAGUUGGAAGAGCGCACCCGCAGUGCGCUCUUGGAGAGCCUUUAUGAAGAACUGCAGAUUCGGAGCCGCAGUAUGAUGGGCCUGGCCUCUGGGGACGAGGACAAAAUAGAGAAUGGGGGUGGUGGCUUCUUUGAGAAUUUCAAGCGGGUGAUCCGAGGCCGUAGCCAGAGCCUGGACACUGUGGGGAUAGCCAUGAGGAAGCAGCAGCAACAGCAGCCCCCAUCAACUCUACCCAGCCGCCCAGCUACUGCGGGCCUUGCCCUCAACCCAAGUGUCGCCGAGGGUCCCAAGGCUAUUGCUGCGUCCUUUGCCCUACCUGGGAGAAGCCCAUCGCACAGCCGAGGCAGCCGCUUCAAUGGGAGACGUAGUAGUGCCAUUGGCAUUGAGAACAUCCAAGAGGAGAAGAGCAAAGAUGUGGCUGAAAGGAUACAGAAGGUAUUGGAGAGUCCUGGACCCUUCUUUGAUCUCAAAUCAGAUGGUUCCUCCAGUCCUAGUUCACCAGAAUUCCCCAACAGGAAGAGCAACAGAGGUCUCUCCAGUCAGACAUCAAGGUAUUGUGUGAUGCAGCCCCUGUCCCGUUCUUCAUCCAACGUGAGCAGCUGUUGUAGUGGAGUGAGAGAGAAUGAAACAUCAGAGGAGGAAGAGAAUGAAGCGGAGUUGAUGUGUUCUCUUGAAGGUCCCCAGAAGCAGGAUUCCCUGGUUCAGAAUGCAUGGUUAGAUGACAGUGUCUGUACACCCAGUAGUACCAGCUCACCAGUAACUCAGCUGCUCCCUUCUAGCAAUGCUGCAGGUUCGAUGGAAAAGGGGAAAAGCAGUAAAGUGGAUGCUCAGCGUUACAGUCCAGCCUCCAUUUUAUGCUGUGUGUGAUGCCAUCGCUGGAGGGGUAUCUCAGUGCAUGCUGGGUAAUUCACAGUGCCCUUUUCCGGCCCAUCUCCUCACAUUGCUGUGACUUAUUAUUUGCUGAAUCAUCUCUUGGCUCACUGGCUAGUUUUGUGUGUGUUUCUACCUCUGCUUUUUCACUCUGUCAUUGGCAGGUGUGCAUCCUUUGUGGAUUACUGUUUUCCAAGAAAGUGUGAAAUGGUCAAGAUUGGGAGAGAGGGGGUAAAGUUCCCAAGGGGCGAGGGGACUUUUGAAUGGAAAUAUGCAGCUUUUUCAUUGGCCUUGAUAACGUCUUUGUAACACAUUUCCCUGAUGAAACAGUACUUGUCCCCUGAGCAUUGCAGAAAGAUGAGUUUUAAGCUCCUUGAGUGCCGAAUAGAUGUCAAGUUGUCAAACUAUUCUGAUAGCUUCUUAAGGCAAAAGAUGUUACAGCUAUGAACAAGCAACCCUCUGAACCCAGCUCUAGUUGACUAUUGUCAUCUGUCUACUUGUUCCCCACAGCUUUAUGGAGUUCACAGAAGAUAUCUUAAGGAUAAGCCUUACUUAAGCCCCCCGUGCUCAUUUGGAAAUACUUCCUGCAUUUCUUAUAUAGUUUCUGAAUGUCAUUAGUUGUUCCAAGUUUGGUCACUUAUCUGAAUGACCAAAUGUCAUAUGGAAACAUUAGCUCACUUUUUCAAAGUGACCCAACAAAACUGUGGCUAGUAACUUGUAAUUUAAAGCUAUGUUGAAAAAGUUUUGCCAAACCAUUCCCAGUGGAGCUGUGAACUUCCCUCUCAGCAUUAUCCUUUUCAAAUACAAGGUAAUAGUUUCUUGUGGCUUCCCUAUCUUUGCUUUAUAGAAUACUGUAUCCUCUGAAAUGGAGUAAGUAUUCUGAAAAGCUUUUGAGCAAUCUGUGUGGUUGUUUCCUUGUAUUUACUCACAACCUUCCUGUGAGAUUGAUUAGGGUAAGAGUUGGUUACGGAGCUUCUCGGCCUUUUGGCUAAGAUCAAGCGUGUAGGCUAGGUUGCCCAGCGAAACUCGUGUCCCACUAGCAGUUUUAAUCCAGAUUUCUCUGGUCGUACUUGAACAUUAUAGCUACCACAUCACAGAUUUCUUCAGCUUGGUCAAUUACCGGACUUUUCCCACGACUGUUAUUUUCAAAGCCACAAACCUAAAAUUGGCCACCUCAUGGGAAGUUUUAUUUACCAACUGUGCAUCUAUUUACAAGCGGUCAUUCUUUAAGGAGAUGCUGAAAGUGUGUUUUGGCUUCCCAAUUGCUUUGCUGAAUGGUUUAAGACUUAGAUUUUCUCUCUUCAUUAAGCUUAUCCGUCUCAGCUGAAGCACAGGAGGAAAAUGUCCCUUCAAUAUACAGUGAUCACAUCUGUCCAUCAGUUGAUUCUUGAAGUUCUCUUCAUCUUUUCUCUGUGUGUAGGAUCUGCUGCUGAAGUGAAAACUCACAGCAUUGCACUUUGGAAUUCGGAGGAAAUGAUGCUGGAUUCCCAGAAACACCUGACCCGGCCCUUCUGCUUCAUUCAGUGACAGCUGCACCACAGGCAGUCAGGAAUCAGAGUCCAAGUGUGGCAUUUUACUCAUCCAUGUGUAUCAUUCCAGUUCAGCAACCUCAGGAGGGCAGAACCAAUCUAAACCUUAAAAAAAAAGGGGGGGGGUCCCAUCUGCCAUAGCUUUAGAAGCAAACAAAAGGGAAGUACUUUCUCUCUCUCUCUUAUUACAGCUAAAAUUUAGAUACCCAAGAUUCCACUUGGAAGGAUUUGGAUGUCCUACAGGGACCUUUCAGGAAGGCUGUAUUUGUGUUCAUUCUUCAGCAUGAAGGCCUCAGAAACUUGGGAGGAGUAUAUCUUAGCGCUCCCAGGAUUACACCUGGUUCAUAUGCAAAACAUCAGAGGUGCAUUAUGCAGCAUAGGCAGGACACACGGUGCCAAAGAGCAUGUGUGUAUGACAAUUAAUGAGUAUUUGUUUCAUUAUUCGUGAAUUCCCCAGAUCUGUUAAAUAUUUCACUGUACCACUGCCACCCUCUUCCCUGAGUCUUUGUGCCAUCAAGAACCAAAACCUGUAAAUGUGAAUCUAUGACUCCUUGUUCCAUGCUUGUUAUGUCUGUGGUGUCUUGGGCUUGCAAUAAAAGACUACUGUGACCAA